AUGGACGUUGGCCGACGUCGGCUGUGCUGUAUAGGCCAUAUUAUCAACCUGGUCGUGCAGGCCGUCAUCUUCGGCUCAAACGUUGGCAGAUUCGAGGCGGAGCGUCGUGGCGCGACGGAUGAAUUUAGUUUCGAAAUUUGGGCCAAGAAAGGGGCCAUCGGCAGACUCCAUAACCUUGCUACCUACAUCCGCCGGACGGACCAGCGAAGGACACGCUGGAACUCCAUUUACAUGAUGAUAAACCGAGCGCUCGAGCUGCGCAACGCCAUUGAACUGUAUCAAUCUCGCUGGCAAAAGCCAAAGAAUGAUCCCGUCCAUCGUGACCUAACGAAAAACUUCCUCGGCGCUGCGGACUGGGCGGAACUGGAGUGCUUCCACAACUUCCUGAAGCCGUUUUACGUCCUUGCAAAGACAAUGGAGGGUAACGCCAACAAUGCUAGCGCAGAGGGCGGGCACGGCGCGGUGUGGGAGACCCUCAAGACAAUGGACUAUCUAUUUGUCAAGUUCAAGCAGGCGGCGGAGGAAACUCGAUUCGAGGAGCCCUCCCGUUUUAAGUCGGGCAUUGACUGCGGGUGGAGGAAGCUUGAGGACUACUACGUCAAAACAGACCAUGCUCCUGUGUACCGAGCCGCUCUAGCACUCCAUCCAUCAUAUGGGUACGACUACUUCGAGCGGCAUUGGAAAAGUGCGAGGAAUAGGCCGCAAUGGUAUAGCGACAUGCAGUCCGCUGUGGGUAGCCUAUUCGACGAAUACGCACGACAGGCCGAAGUCGAAACUCAAGCUCAAGCGGGACUUCUGGAAGGCGAUGUUGAGAUCGAGGCUGAGGUCAACGACUACAGUUCCUUUGGGAAGAGGUCGAUCCGUUCAUUGAAUACACAACGAAAGAAGGCCAAGGCAGUGACCGAGCUGGACAUAUUCCAGACGCGGCCAAUCGCCCAACACCCUGACGCAGACGGUCGCAAGCUUGAAGAGCUUGUCGCCGCGGUUCGAGACCAGAUAGGUGUUGGGAUUGGUACUGACGGUCGUUGA